AUGCAGGCCAGCAUGUCAUCCGCCAACACACGGAAGCGUUCGCUGGUGAACGUUCUGGCCAGCGACGAGCCAACGCUCUGGAUACAGCUCGCAGAGGACACCGCAGCCGACGGCGCCAGCUGCGACAGUGCAGCCGACGGCGCCGCUCCGGCGCCUGCGCCGCCGCAGCAGCCGCCGACACGCAUCCCCGCGCAUCGCGAGUUGCUGCGAUUCAACUGCACCUGGAUCCGUGACUUGCCGCCGGGGGACACUUGGGACAUCAGCAGCCUGGUCAUUGACGGCCAGCGGGUGACGCGGCCGAUGUUGGUCGCCUGGCUCGGGGCCGUGUACGCUGGCUCGACCUACUGGGGCGACACCGGCGUCCCGCCGGCCGAGGAGGGCGAGGUGGACGGGGUCCUGCUGCUGCGGUUUGCUGACGCCGUGGGCAGCAGCAUCCGCGUCGUGCGUGAGUGCUACGCGACUUGCAGGGAGCAGCUGGCCAGGUUGGAGGUGCUGGUGAAUGGGGAGCGCACACGCUUGAAGCUGGACGGCAGAUUCUACAACUUUCAGUUCCACAAUCGCAGCUUGGCCCUCGUCGAAGGCACCUUCGUCAUGAAGAGAGUGAUUGCAGAGCUGCCCCUCAGAGAUCCCGACGCGGACGCCGCUCAGGUCGAUUAUGAUGUUGACAGGGCCGUGGCAGAGCUGCAGCGGAACCUGGCAGCUCAGCUGGAGCGGCUGCUGCACAUCGCGUACAGCCUGGGGCUCGGAGAGCUGCAGGCGCGCGUUCACAACUUCAUACACGCCAACGUGGAGAUGCAGGUGGCAGAGGGCGAGGAGCUGCAGGGGCUGCUGCCCGUGGACUUGCUGCGGGAUGCGGUGUAUUCUGAGCGCGUCAUGGCGGCGGUGGACAGGCGGACGCUUAAGGACGCGUUGCUGCAGUGCGUGCUGUGGGUGCCGUGCGACCUAUCACGCGCGGACGGGCUGUUUGGAGACGCACCGAGCGCCACAGUCACAGUUGCGGGGGACGGCCGUGCCGCGGGUGGUGGCGCUGGCAACCAGGGUGGCGGCCAGGGCGCUGGCGGUGGCGGCCUCGAAUUCGAUGACCAUGGGGUCGCGCAGCCCGCGUGGCGCCGCACCACCGUGGAGGGUGUGCUGCAGCAUGACUAUCACGGCACACACGCGGCCACAAGGCUCAAUCUGCAGUUCAAGUUGGGGGAGGGGCGGUGCGACAUACGCGAUCCCCGCAGCCACCUCGAUGGGAGAAAUCUGCCUGCCACUAUCAUGCUGGGAAUGCGCCUGAAACAGUGA